GCCGUGCCCGCCCCUACCUCGGGCCGAACGGGAAGUGAUGUUGCCUUGACGGAAAAGGCACGCUUGCAGCCCAAAAAAGGGCAGGUACAGAGGGACGCGGCGCUGCGGGAGCCCCGGUGGCCGGGGGAGGCGAGCAGUGCAUUUCAAUGAAAAGAUUUUGUAGAGCUACAAGGUGUCUCCUGAAUUCUCACUAUGUCUGAUGGGGACUAUGAUUACCUCAUAAAAUUUCUAGCACUUGGUGAUUCUGGAGUAGGAAAGACCAGCCUUCUUUACCAAUAUACGGAUGGCAAAUUUAAUUCCAAGUUUAUCACAACGGUGGGCAUUGACUUUCGGGAAAAAAGAGUGGUGUAUAGACCUAACGGGCCAGAUGGUGUUGGUGGCAGAGGACAGAGGAUACAUCUUCAGCUCUGGGACACUGCAGGGCAGGAAAGAUUUCGUAGCUUGACCACAGCUUUCUUCAGAGAUGCCAUGGGCUUUCUUCUACUCUUUGAUCUGACAAAUGAGCAAAGCUUUCUAAAUGUCAGGAACUGGAUAAGUCAGCUACAAAUGCAUGCAUAUUGUGAAAACCCUGACAUUGUAUUAUGUGGAAACAAGAGUGAUCUGGAAGACCAAAGAAUGGUGAAAGAAGAAGAGGCUAAGGAACUUGCAGAAAAAUAUGGAAUACCAUACUUUGAAACCAGUGCAGCUAAUGGGAAUAACGUAAGCAAAGCCAUUGAAACUCUGCUUGACCUCAUUAUGAAGCGCAUGGAACGGUGUGUGGAUAAAUCCUGGAUCCCAGAAGGGGUGGUGCGCUCCAAUGGGCACAGCUCUACAGAACAACUGAAUGAUGAGCAAGAAAAAGGCAGAUGUGGCUGUUAACUCAGUUACAAUUAAGUGCAAUGUAUAUGAUAUAGUACAGUUGCAGCUUAACUGUUUAUCUUAUGGACAAACCACAUUAUGUAGUUAUUUGAUGAGCUAUAUUAAUUCUUGAUGCUAGUUUUUGGUUUUUUUCCUCUCAAACAACUCUGACCUUUUGCUUGCAAGGUAUGCAGUUCAUUAGUGGUGGAGAAGAGGUUUAAUUUGCUGUAGCACUGCAUGUUCCUGUAAUUCUCUUACUUUGGAAGGAAGGGAAAGGAAUUUUCAUUAGCAAAUUCAGAAACAUCUCUCUAUAGAGACAAUGAGGAAGGGUAGGUUUUGAAUUGGAGGAUUUUCAAUUGCUCUUUGAGGGCUCCAUUAACUACACAGACCAGGCAUUAUGGAUUAGAUACUGUGACAACUCUUAGUCUCUAUGAACAGCAAGCUUUCCAACCUGGCUCUUGGUUUUGAACAGAAAUAUUUAAACAUUUCAUCAAUCAGUAACAAUUUUAAAGAGCAAAUCCAUUGUUUUCCACAAAACCCUGUGAAUAGCUGCUUCUUGCUCUCAAACCAUCAGGUUUUAGUGAUGAAAACCAGAAGAAAGGUAUUCUAUAUAGAAUAAAAAAACAUUGAAAGUGCAGGGGUGCAUAUGUAGAGCACUUAGAGUAUGUCAUGAAAUUGAACAUAUGAACUACAACUGUGUUAUAUGAAAUACAUCUAACACAGCUGAUGAGACCUCCUGACAUAAUCUGAAUUUCUAGAACAUGCAUAUACUUAUAUGUAAAUGGCGUAACUGUACCUCUGCUGCUGUUUCUUUUAUGUUACCACUCAUGUUUUAAGGGGAAUGUAGGGCAACCUAGAUGUCAGCAAAAUUUCUUCAGAUCUAGUGCUUUGCACUGAAUUUGUUUCACCUAAUACAUAUCUGGAGUAUUUCUUCAAAUUGUUUCUUCAUUGAAAAAUCAAUGGUGAUUGUCUUCUGGUUAGAUGCAGUUAAGAUACCAGUUCUGUCUAGAUCAGGAUAAAUUUACAAUGCUCAUUGUAUUCUGCCAGCCUCUGUGUCAUGUACCUCUUGGCUAUCAUAUAUUCAUUUAUGGUUUGUUAAUUUCCUUUAGGUUGUAUUUAAAACAGAACAGAGUUGCUUUUCCUUUUUCCCCACUCUGAAUUACUUAAAAGUCAGUUUUGGUUUCAGUGGAUCAUGUUAUCCUUUGUUACUCAUUUUUAUUUAUUCAUGCAACCUAAGGAAAAAUCAGUAUUUUGAGGGGGGGUCCUUUUUCCAGACUGAUUUCCAAGAUGUGCCUAUUAAACUGAUUUUUAUCUUGGUAGAGGUUGUAUGACUGUAAAAUAUUGCCAAUUAAAGUCAUGACAUGCCAAACUGAGUCUUGUUACAGACUUUCCACAGCAGUGUGUUUACAAAACUCCAAAGCUAUUACUUCUUUACAAAUUAUGUAUUUAUUUAUUUAAAUCUUCUAACUACUGCAAUUUCAGGCAUGCAUUGCUGCCAGUUGUGAACAUAAAUUGCAGCAUAACAAAUUUUUUGAAGGACCAAAAAUGUUUCUAGAACAGGAGCUAAUAAAAAUUAUAUAUAUAUAUAUUUGGUAUAGCCUCUGGUUAAAUUAAUAAUACAACAGUAAGUGUUAAAAUUUGCUUCAUAAAAUAUUUACAAUGUAAUACAUUGUUCUUUAACAAACACACCAUGUAAAUAUUAGAUUUUAAUCACAGCCUACACAGAAUAUUUUAGAAGUGCAAUGUAAUUUGACUGCUCUGGGGCUAGGACAGAGAUUAAAGCAAAUUAUUUAGAACAAAGAUAGGAUGGUUUUCUUUUGCUCCUAUACCAAGAUUCUAAAAUGCCUGUGGACCGGAGUUACUGUAGCUUAAUUCAGAGUGCCUUUAGAAGUUACCAUCAUGUUUCUGACCAGUAGAAUAUCAAAAACUCUGACACAGAAUACAAUGCAUUUCAGUGUCUGAGUUUCUAUUAAUGCAACCCUUUGCUUUUCAGAGGGUUGCAGUGAAACUUUGUCAUGCUUUAAAUUUAAUGGGAGUUUUUGUGCUUAUAGCUCCAUCCAGUUCCCGAAAACUGUAAGGAUUGUUGGAACCAGCUACUGAGCUAAGUGACUACUGAAAUGGUGUAAAAAAUACUUCAUUUUGAAUAUUUAGGUUUAAACUGGAUAUUAACUAUUAAAUAUUUUUGUCAUGCAUACUGUAUGUAACUGUUUACUGUAUAGAGUCUACAUAAAACCGCUUUGAUGUCAGGCUUUUAAAUGUGCCGUGAGAUUUAUCUGUUUGAAUUAUUGUGUGGCAAAACUUUUGUUCCUUUUUCAGUUCUCGUGAAAAAUCAUGAGAAGGUUUCUGGACAAUGAAUACACUAUUCUUACUAGUCUAGCACUGAUUUUCAAAAAUAAACAAAGAAUUCAUAUGUGAUGAGAAACUGUUAUUUCAAGGAAAGUUGUUUCCAUCCAGUGUUAGACAAAAAUGUCGAUCAGUAAUGGAACAAAGUUUUGUAAAGGAUUUCCAUUAUGAUACUUUGUCCCAGGAUUUUUAGCAAUAUAAAAUACUUAAACAUUCCUGAUCUGAACCUUGUCAGCAUUUGUUGUACUGAAUUGUAACAUUUUACUCUUGUCUCACUUCGGUAUCAGCCUGUAUCUUUUUGCACUGUCCCUGUGUGUUGUGGUUUUUUC